GCGAUCAGUUCGCUUGCAGGUCGAGCUCGCGUCUGGGCCUUACCUUUCCUUCUUCUGCUCGUUCAGAGCCGAUUAAGGUGGGCCUAAGUGUCGCAGCUGAUUGUGUACGAUUCUUUCUGAGGUCCUCUACGGAUUCGAACGAUUUUGUCGUUAAGACGGGGCUGCGACGUUUCGCUUUCUCCGAAGCCGCUUCGAGGGCUUCUUCUGACGCCCACACGGAAAGGUGGGACAAGGAAAAGAAGAAAGAGAGAGAGAUUCUGGUGGGGAAUGAGCCUCACGCGCCCCGACUCCGAGAGGGUUAAGGCCGUAUCCUUCCCGGCAUCCUCAGCGGGUUCGCUGGCACGCGCACAGGGCUGCGGGGGCGAGGACGGGGACGCGGGCGCGGGCCCGAGCUCGAGCGCGCUCUCCCCGCGGGGAGCCGCUGCGGGGGUAGAGAGGCGGCGCCGACGUCGGCGUCGGCUCUGCUGCCCCCCGAGUCGGGCUCGCGUAAGUGUCGGCGCGGCGGCAUCGGCAUCGACAUCGACUUCAGCUGCGUCCACUUCGGCGUCUGCUUCGACAUCGGCGGCGGCCACCAGGAAGAAGAGACCGCUGACCACUGGGCGGAGGGCUCGGCAAAGUGAACCAGUUCCAGCUCAGAGCUACUCCGACUCCGACUCGGACGAAUUCGAAGAUCCGGACGCCCCGGGAACUUCAAGCGGGAGGCCGCCGCUGAGGCCUCGUGUGAGACCGCCUCUAACUCUCCUGCGCUUCCCAGGUCCGCAGGCGCAGGUCUCGAUCGAAUUUAGGGACCAAUUUGAAGAUUGGGACCCUCUUAAUGAAUUCUGCCCUGGAAACUUCCUCUGUGCAUCUCCAAAGUCUGUCUGUGUGCAUGCAUAUGUCUCUACACGGGCUGCUCUCUUGCAUCACACUGCCUGA